UGCUUUCUCUGCCGGCGUGCGAUGAUGGAUAAUUUGGCAUUAGCUUGGAAUACCAGUAGCGAGGAGAAUUUGCAGAAUCAAUUAGGUAAAAUUUAAAAUUUAAAUCAAUGCCCGCAGCUAUUUAAAAAUUAAUUUUACCUGGCGCUACCCGCACUUUCAUCGUCGCAUCGUCAUCGCCGUCCGUGAGAAAGACAAACUAAGUUAAUGGCCAAUGCCCCAUGUUUGCUAACAAAUAUUCGCAUCAAUCUGAGCAACUAAUGACCGACUAGCAGACAAAUCAAGUUCGAGCUGUCGCAGCUGAUCUUUAAAUUUCCCUUUUACUUGCACUCCAACAGAUGAGCUAAAACCAGAGCAUUCAAAUUAGUUCUUCCACGGCGAAAAAUUCCAUACCAGUUCUGUCAUUUUAUAGAAAUAUAAUUCAAUAAUGUUAAUCUUAUUAAUAGAGGAGGCUUCUGUUAAAUCAAUUUACAUAUUUAUGAAAAAAGGACUUUUUGAAUCUUAUAAGAAUUGUCCAUCUUAUGGAAUUAUUUACUGUUUUUAUAGUCAACCAAAUAUUUCACAUAACUUCUUCUGGACUAGUAUUCUAUGUUUAAAAGUUAUUCGAAAUUCAUUAGAUUUUUUUUAUGUUAAUUAUUUGCAUAAAUCUUUGGCCCGAGCCAUGGGGACGCCGCAUCAUUUGCAGUUCGUUUCGCAUUUUGUUUUAGCCAGUUUCCGUUUGGCAACUCUUCUUUUGGCUAUUUCGGUCAAUCUUGGGGUGAAACUUUGGGUCAGAGCGGACUAAAAUCUAUAGACUCCAGCCAGCCACAAAUCAGUUGCGUUCAGAGCGCCAUCGAGAGUGUUACAUCCGCGGAUUAAAAAAUGCAACUCAGGUGUUUAGUGUUUUGCCUGCUCGUGGUCCUUCCAUAUGGGACAGAGGCUCGGGUUCGUGGAAGGCAAUACGACGAGGAAAAAGAUACAAUUGUUGAAUUAAACAAACUGGGCACCAUCCAGGGAAAAAUUGUGGAGACGGCCUGGACAAAACGAGAGGUGUUGCAGUUCGUCGAUGUCAGAUAUGCAGAACCACCGACCGGGCAGCAUCGAUUUAAGCCUCCUCGUCCCAUCGAGCCAUGGGAAGACGUGAUGGACGCCACGGCGGAGAAGAUUGGCUGCCCCUCUGUGGUAUCCAUGGACAGUUUGCGCAAACUUGACGACGUUCUGGACGUGGAAGAUUGCUUGACGAUGACUAUUACCACUCCAAAUGUAACUGCGAAAAUGCCUGUACUGGUCUAUAUACAUGGAGAGUAUUUGUACGAAGGAAGCAACUCGGAGGCUCCGCCAGACUACCUUCUCGAGAAGGACAUUGUGCUGGUGACGCCGCAGUACCGUCUUGGACCUUUUGGCUUUCUGUCUACGAAGACGGAUGAGAUUCCCGGCAAUGCCGGGUUUCUAGACAUAUUUCUUGCCUUACAGUUUGUGAAGCACUUUAUUUCAUCGUUCGGCGGAGAUCCCGAACGAGUAACUGUUGCCGGUCAGGUGGGUGGAGCCGCCAUCGCCCACCUACUAACGCUUUCGCCGAUGGUGCAGCGCGGACUCUUUAAUCAGGUUAUAUACCACUCCGGGUCUGCUAUCAUGCCUAUUUUCCUGGAGGAGGAUCCGCGCAAGCACGCCCAGGAGAUUGCCAAGAAGGCCGAUUGCCAAAUGGUGACGGUGCGAGACUUAAAUACCUGCUUAAUGGAGCUCACGGCUUUGGAAUUGCUAACAGCCUUUAUGGAGCAUGCGUUGGAGAAAUCGGAUCUCGGCAUUGGACACACUGGUGGCAUACAGUUUACUAUUGGUGGACCCAGCGGGGUUUUACCAAAGCACCCUUAUGAUCUCAUGUUGGAGUCGAACUUCUCCUAUCCCGCAAUGGGUGGCUGCCCCAAGAAUGCCGGCUCGCGAGUGCUAAACGAGAUUGUGGACAAUGACUUCGAGGGAAAGAUUCCGGACGAUGAGUACAACACGUAUGACUACAUCGACCACGUAAUUCGCCAAGUGGUGGGCACUGACAAGACCAUGCUACUAACCAGUUUCGUUACCCACGACUUCUUCAAUCGCCACCUCUUGGAGAAUGGAACAUUCGACACCUUAAUACCAAGGCUUAUUGAUGUGGCUGGCACUUUAAACCACAAGCUUCCCGUUCUACUCGCCAUGAACAUGAACAAUAAGCAUAAUCCGCACAAUACUUUCUUAUAUUCCUUCGACUACGCCGGCGAAUUUAAUCGCUAUCGGGAGAUGGACGAGGAGACAAACAUGCAGAGUCCCUUCAAGGCGGGCGUAUCUUUAACCGACGAGGCACUCUACCUAUUUCCAUAUCCCGAUCAUGUGAAGCGCCUCAGUCCUCCGGAUGUGACAAUGGCCCAUCGAAUGGUGGAGCUUUGGACCAAUUUUGUGAUUAGCGGUAACCCGUUAGGCUCUUACCGAUCCGGCUACUGGCCGCCCAUGACCACCCUCUACGGACCCUAUAUGAAGAUCGAUGAGACGCUGACUAUCGCUGGCAACUACUUCAAUGAGUUCUCGGCCACGUUGCGGGACGAGGAUGCGGGGCAUAGUCUGAUUCGUGAGAUAUAUUAUUUGCGCAGCCGGAGCAGGAAACGAGCUCAGGCCAAGCGGCGGAAACAGUUGGCGGCUUCGAAGGCCAAUCGACUGAAAAAAUCCGACGCCCGCAAAAGUCUGGUGAAGCGACCCAAUCGCAACAAGAUACGCUUUUAAGGACAACCUCUAACCAGUAUAGAUUUAGUUUAAGUUCUUAGAUGAAAUACCCACUUGUCCUGCUUCUCACCACCAAUCCUUGUGUUGAUAUCCGAUAUUGUAGUAUAUUUAUUAAAGAGGCUA